AUGACCGCCCUCUCGAUGCUCGCGCUGCUCCUCACCCACCCGCUCGAGUUCCGCACCCUCGUCCAGUUCUGGCUCUACCAUGACAAGAACAGGGAUCUCUCUUCGCCGUCGGAGUUUGCGACGUCGGGCUGGGACAGAAAGUCCAUGCGCCGCUGCUGGGAGUUUCUCGACUUGACCAGUCGUAGUUUUUCCGCCGUCAUCAAAGAGUUGGACGGGGAUUUGGCGAGGACAAUAUGCAUGUUCUAUCUCGUCCUGCGGGGCCUGGACACUAUCGAGGAUGACAUGACAAUCCCGGACGACAUCAAGCAGCCCCUCCUCCGGACGUUCCACGAAAAGACCGUCACGCCGGGUUGGACGUUUGAUGGGUGCGGCCCGGAUGAGAAGGACCGGCAGCUGCUGGUCGAAUACGACGUCGUGGUCGAGGAGCUCAACCGAAUAGCGCCCGACUGCCGAGAAGUCAUCGUAGACAUCUGUCACAAAAUGGAAGUCGGCAUGGCCGACUACGCGCACAAAGCCGCCACGACGGGCUCCAUCUACAUCGAGACCAUCGCCGAGUACGAGCUCUACUGCCACUACGUCGCGGGGCUCGUCGGGGAGGGCCUCUCGCGGCUCUUCUCCGCGACGGGCAAGGAGGCCGACUGGCUGCAGUACCAGCUCGAGCUGUCCAACUCGAUGGGUACGCUCCUGCAGAAGACGAACAUCAUCCGCGACUACCGCGAGGACGUCGAGCAGGGCCGCUACUUCUGGCCGCGCGAGAUCUGGGGCCGCGAGGAGUACGGCGGGUUCAAGGAGAUGAACGAGUUUUACAAGCCCGAGAAUACCGAGCGCGCGCUGUGGGUGCAGAGCGGGAUGGUCAUUGACGCGCUGCGCCAUGCGGAGGACGCGUUGGACUACCUCCGGCUGCUGCGCAACCAGACGGUGUUCAACUUCUGUGCGAUCCCGGCGACGAUGGCGAUGGCGACGCUCGAGCUGUGCUUCAUGAAUCCGGAGAUGUUCCAGCGUAAUAUCAAGAUUCGCAAGGCCGAGGCGGCCAGGCUCAUCAUGCGCUCGACCAAUCCCCGCGAGGUUGCGUACAUGUUCCGGGAUUAUGCUAGGAAAAUACACGCCAAGGCCGUCCCCUCAGAUCCCAACUUCCUCCGUCUGUCCGUCGCCUGCGGGAAGAUCGAACAAUGGUGCGAGCGGCACUACCCGUCCUUCGUGAACGUCGCGCAGUCGAGGGGGGGCGGCAACGCAGCCCAGAUGUUCGACCCCCUCGACGCGCGCACGCGCAUCGUCAAGCUCGAGCAGGAGCGCGACCGCGCCAUCGCCCGCGAGAAGCGCGUCGCGUCCUACCUCGCCAACGGCAAGCCCGCCCCCGCAGAGCCCGCGGGUGCCUCCACAUGGGAGCUGUUCUCCUUUGUCGCUGCCGCGUUCCUCAUCGUGCUGUGCGGCGCGCUUGGGGUUGUCUGGGUCGUCCUAAAGUUCACACAGGACUAG